UGUCAUUAUUGUUAUUAGGCAUUUGAGAUGUUUAUAAGCAACACAUUUAGGCAUCAGCUACUCCUUUUCAGAUAAGUAUGUGUAAAUUGGUUCUAAAAGUUAAUGGUUUAAAAGGUUUCCUGAGAUUAGGGAACUUCUUUUUGUUAGUUAAUCUAAAAAAUUUUAGCAGUUUCCCAAGACACAUUCUUGGGACCUGGAUUCUCUUGGGCAUUUCUGACAUUGUUGAUGAGGUGCCUUAUUAACUAAAUGAGUACAGGCUUCCUUUUAAAUUGAAGCUGAUUACAUGAAGUAGGUUUUUGUUUUUUUCUAUUUAAAUUAAAUGGAAUUUACUGGAAGGGUUAUCAAAAUUGUUUGCAUCACAAGUAGGUAGUUUCAAUAACAGCAUAGGGGCACUCAGGAACAAAUUUCAAUUUGUUUUUUCUUUUUCUUUUUUUUGACUAAUUUGGUUAUUUGCCAUUUCUGGGGAUUAAACUUUAAAAAAUGUUCUUCUUUUCUGUAUCUGAUGUUCUGUGUGCUAUUAGUGAUGCAGCCAACACGAACGGUUGUCAUGUGUAACACAACUUUCGAUCACCGCGAAAACACCGUCCUGGGAAAGCGUCCAUGCUUGAUAUCGUUUGGUUCAUGAACAUUAAGUUUCCAGUACAGGUAAAAUCCCAGAGGAAUCCAAAGCCCUCUCUUUACUGACUCCUGCUCCAACCAUGACAAGUCUGAUGCCUGGUGCAGGCUUGCUUCCCAUACCAACCCCAAAUCCCUUGACUACACUGGGUGUUUCCCUUAGCAGUUUGGGAGCUAUACCAGCUGCAGCACUAGACCCCAAUAUUGCAACACUUGGAGAGAUACCACAGCCACCACUAAUGGGAAAUGUUGAUCCUUCCAAAAUUGAUGAAAUCAGGAGAACAGUCUAUGUGGGCAAUUUGAAUUCCCAGACUACGACAGCUGAUCAGCUUCUUGAAUUUUUUAAACAAGUUGGGGAAGUGAAGUUUGUACGGAUGGCAGGUGAUGAGACUCAGCCAACUCGGUUUGCUUUUGUGGAAUUUGCAGACCAAAAUUCUGUCCCAAGGGCCCUUGCUUUUAAUGGAGUUAUGUUUGGAGACAGGCCACUGAAAAUAAAUCACUCCAACAAUGCAAUAGUAAAACCCCCUGAGAUGACACCUCAGGCUGCAGCUAAGGAAUUAGAAGAAGUAAUGAAGCGAGUACGAGAGGCUCAGUCAUUUAUCUCAGCUGCUAUUGAACCAGAGUCUGGAAAGAGCAAUGAAAGAAAAGGCGGUCGAUCUCGUUCCCACACUCGUUCAAAAUCCAGGUCUAGCUCAAAAUCCCGUUCUAGAAGGAAAAGAUCACAAUCAAAACACAGGAGUAGAUCCCAUAAUAGAUCACGUUCAAGACAAAAAGAUAGACGUAGAUCUAAGAGUCCACAUAAAAAACGGUCUAGGUCUAGGGAGAGACGGAAGUCAAGGAGUCGUUCGCAUUCACGGGACAAGAGAAAAGACACCCGAGAAAAGAUCAAGGAAAAGGAAAGAGUGAAAGAAAAAGACAGAGAAAAGGAAAGGGAAAAAGAGAGAGACAGGGAAAAGGAACGUGAAAAAGAAAAGGAACGGGGAAAAAACAAGGAUAAAGACCGGGAUAAAGAACGAGAAAAAGACCGGGAUAAGGAUAAAGACAAGGAAAAGGACAGAGAAAGAGAGCGGGAAAAAGAGCAUGAAAAGGAGCGAGACAAAGAGAAGGAAAAAGAACAGGAUAAAGAAAAGGAACGAGAAAAAGACAGAUCCAAAGAGAUAGAUGAGAAAAGAAAGAAGGAUAAAAAGUCCAGGACACCUCCCAGAAGUUAUAAUGCAUCAAGAAGAUCUCGUAGUUCCAGCAGGGAAAGGCGUAGGAGGAGGAGCAGGAGUUCUUCCAGAUCCCCAAGAACAUCAAAAACCAUAAAAAGGAAAUCUUCUAGGUCUCCAUCUCCUAGAAGCAGAAAUAAGAAGGAUAAAAAGAGAGAAAAAGAGAGGGACCAUAUCAGUGAGAGAAGAGAGAGAGAACGUUCAACUUCUACAAGAAAGAAUUCUAAUGACAGAGAUGGGAAGGAAAAAUUGGAGAAGAACAGUACUUCACUUAAAGAGAAGGAGCACAAUAAAGAACCAGAAUCAAGUAUGGGCAAAGAAGCAGACGACAAGGAUGCACCUAGGACUGAGGAAAACAAAGUACAGCAAAAUGGGAAUUGUCAGCCAAAUGAAGAAAACCUCUCUACCAAAACAGAAGCGGUAUAGGACCAACAAAUGCACCUCUAAACACACGCUGGAAUAAAAUCCAAAGCUUUUAAUUCUCUUAACAAGAUGUUAAACAGUGAAGAAAUCCAGUUGAGCAUAAAUAUAUGAGCUAACAACUGUUCUAGUUGUUAGGUGACCUUGUGGCCAUCUUGUUACUGAGUAAGAAAAUAAAGCAUGGACAUCAUGAAAAUAACAGAUGUUACCCAAACUCAUCUUGUAAAAUCUGUGCAUUUCCAUGGUGGCUGACACACUUGUCAUGUGGUUCGUUAGUGUUUGCCAAGAACCAUUACAAAUAAAUGGGACAUUAAAGAUCCAAAUUUGUACUAUCCAUAAAGACUGGAGACAAGCAUUGGAGGCUCUUUUAAAAAGUUCUAGUUACUGAAUUUUGUAUUGUUUUACCUUUUUUUUUAAUUUCAAUAUAUACAAAUUGAUGAUGUGCUUGAAAUCGGUGCAAAUAUAUACCCACCCUUGUAAGUGCAGAAUACGUAAGAAGUGUUAACACUUACUUCACAGGAUUUAUAGUGAUUGUGUUAAAUUCUCACUAUUGCGUUUUCUUUUUCUCACUGUUUAGGACAGCAGUUUUUCUUUAAAAUAGUUUUACAGAUUAAAAUUGCUUAAAUAAGUGGAUUAAAAAACAACCUUCAAUGCAUGCUACUACUGUUCUCUUUCCACAGAAAGAAUGACUGUGUUGAAUACUAAUAAUAAUGUAUUAGUAUUCAGUGUUUAGAAUCAUUGGAUUUCCCCACAAAAUAAGCACUUCUUUUUUUAACUUUCUUGACAUUUCCAAGCUUAUGAAUAAUAUUGCAGUGUGUGUUGUCAGCGGUAGGUGGCAAAGGUGUCAUUAUAAAAAGAAAACUUGGGUUUUCAAAAUGGGCUAUGGGAGCACAAGCUGAAGCUUUAGUGCCUUCUACAAUGUGGUAUACUGUUUUCUAGAAUUUUAUAUGUGCUAGUCAUUCUCAAGUCAUAUGGAAUUGAGAUGGAUAUUCCAUUCACUCCCAUAGAGAAGUGUGUAAGUAAUAUAUCAGAAGAGCUUCUUAUUUAGUUCACCUAACAUGAGAGGGAAGUCCUGUUUUCAAGAAUGACUUUAGAGCUUUUAAAACAACAGUGCAGUUUUGGGACCAUCAGUUUUAUACUGUGAUAAUUGAAAAUGAAGCAUGUUCUUAAUUUACUUUAAGCAAACCCUUUAGUUGUCUACAUGGGAUGGCCUUAAUUAUUACCUCUCAAUCAUCUUCUCUAUAAAGAUGUUGUACAGAAAUUGUACUUAAGGGAGAACACAUGAGGUGGUUUUAUGUUUAAGGAUAUGUUUACUUGGAUUAAGAGACAGGUCAUCCAUCAUUCAUAGGUUCACUUUUUGAAAAAAGUAUGCAAGUAGUAAAAUGACAAUAUUGCUAAUAUUUCCCCCCCAUACUAUAACUCAUGGUUUCAAAACUCUUUUCAUUAUUGUUACGUUUCCAAAAAAGUUAUCUGUUAAUUAGCAUGUUACUGAAAAAUCAAGUAUAAUUAUUUUAAUACAAUCUAAUACAAUCAAAUUACUCAGUUGCCUUACCUCAUGGGAAGAGUUACUUAUAGAUUUAAAAAGCUGGGUAGCACAUCAGUUACUUGGUUUCAACCUGAGUUUUCUUUUAAUGUUAAUACUAUUGAAACUUAAGUAUUUGGUGGAGAAUGGAAAGAAUUGCCCUUAUUGCAAAUAAUGAAGCCUGAUUUGAUUAUGAAGCUGCUUAAUUACUCUUCAUGUGUCCAGAAUUACUGUGGUAUUUUUUCUUUUUGUCACUGUGUACAUUAAAAUUUUUGAAAAUGCUUUACUAUGUAAAGUAUAGAUGGUCAUUUUAAUCAUUCAACCACAUACGGUUGGCUGGUAAACAGCUUAUUCUGAUACAAGAAUGCUUGGUGAAUAUGGAAAGAUCGUGAAGGAGUACGUAUGUCUAGCAUCAACAGUUGUCUUAUUUAUGAUAUGUAAGUAGAAUAGAGCAAAUGUUUGAAUCUUUGUUAUUUUUAGUACCAUUUCUCUAAUAAAGCUAAGUAUUUUAGAGGAAAGUAUUUGUUUAUGCAUUUCAAAAUAGCAUCUUAAUUUUAUCCUGUUCUUUUUUAUAUUUCUAUAGAAGUUAUUUUCACAUGGAGUGCAUGUUUGUGUGGUGUCUGUAAAACAAUCAUUUAAAGUUUGAGGUGUUUUCUUGUACUCUGGACUCUAUUAAAUGUUUUUUAUGUUAUAAUUAAUAUAUUUAAUUUGGGUCCUGCUGUUAAUUAUUUUUCUUGCUGAUAUUUAAUCAGCUUUAAAAUAAUGAAAGAUAGUGAUUUGUAAAAGGUGGGCAUAAGUAGGAAUGCAAGAGGUCUGGAGAAAGUGAAAUCAUUUUCUUAAAUUAGGGCUUAUGGAAGCAAAACUUUCUAGGGUGUAUAGAUACUGGGGUGUGUGUGUGUGUGAGAGGGAGGGAGACUUUUUCUCUGUUCACUAUGAGAGCUAAUAUGUUUCCAUUUGUUAUUUUCUUUCAAGGUAUUUUGUUUUUUUCUUUAAGAUUAUUCUUGUUUAUCCCAGGUAGAUACUGUCAGAAAAACUUGAGGUAAGGCCAAGAAGACAGCCAUUUUAUACUUGAAACCUUAUGUAAUUAUCUUUUUUAGCUUGACCACACAGAGAAUACACUCUGUUCUUUAAAUUGUAAUUGCUCUUCAUUAUUCUGGACAAAUUCUGUUGGCCCUCUUGUUCUUGCUUUUCGGCAGUGAACACUAAAAUGAUAAUAUAAAAUGUCCUCCAUAAGGUAGCCAGUUUCAUGUGAGAAAACAAGUAUAAAUCUUUGUUUUCCAACUUCUGCAACCAUCUCCUUAGUUAUUUUCCAUCUGUUACAAUUGCAAAUACUAGUCAUCUUGUGAUUUCCUGUUUAGAAUUUUGUUUUUCAAGAGGUUCACUGUAUACCACCUUGAUCUUCAGAAGUGUCAGUGACUUAAAUUUUGACAUGCUCAAUAAAAAUUUUUAAAAAAACCCUUGACAUUUAGAAUCAGUAUUUUGUCAACAAAAUAGUAUCUUGUGAUAUUAGUCAAUCAGGAUCCCCACUCAUUCCUAUAUAUGUUACUAUCAUCUUAAAACUUAAAAAAAUUCAGAUUUUUCAACUGAAGAUAAUAUUCAAAUUUAAGGAUUAUAAUACAUAUACAGGCUUUUUAAAAUUUUAAAAAAUCUAUUAGAAA